AUGAAAGAGAUCGGGUUCAAUCUGGUGCUUUUAUCAACUUCUGUUGAUAAAAUGUAUCCACCACUCAAAGGACUUAUGUACGUUUUUGGCAACUGUAUUCUACCCUUUGCAGUGCCUUUAACCUAAAGCUCUGUUGUCAACAUGAUUGGUCCAUUAAGGGCGAAUUUUAUUUCGAGUUGAACCCGAAAACAAUAUAAAAACACGGAGGAACUACCUACCGCCACUGUGUGCUGGGAAAGUGACUCAAAAGACUGGUAAAUGAACUACAAGUUUUUUUCUUUGCAUCUCGCCAGAGAACUAACGAUGACAACAGUUUUGCAUAUUUAUCACGAUCCAGGCGCACUUUGUGAGAAACAAUAACAUGAGCAAUCGCUACUGAUGAUACAAGACGAAGCAUCCUUUUGGUAUUGUCUGUGCCAUUUGAUAGGGGUAGAGCAUUCUGCUCUAUCUUUGGCUGCAACAUUUUCUUUAGAACCUAAAAAUGGUAAGAUAAAACAACUUGCCGUUAAUAUAAUGACACAGUGAUACACGAACAAGAGACAAACGUAAAUCAAAAUCAAUAUGUAAUUACGUUCUAAACAAACAGCAUAGCCAGAAAUAGCCGGAUAUGUUGUUAAUAUCUACUAUCAGCAUGAACCCCGAAAAGUAGACCCAAAGAACGUCCUAAUUGUUGAAUUCCCCAAUUCCUAAUUGAUUAUACCUGGUAGUGAUAACUUUUUGACAGCCUUAAAAGAGUAACUUUUGGGUAUGCUCUCUUAUUUGGCUGAAUUAACGAUGCAAAAGAUUUGCUACUGCACCAUUUACUACUUAUUUCCAGGCAUUAUAUCGACACCUGUAAACAAAGAGAUACGCGCCAAAAUAUCCAAAUAAAUAGUUCAACGCAUUGUGGAAAUAGAAAGGCAAAUUGCAAAAGACCAUAAUUCUUUAGACACUUUUAAAAAGAAAUGGUCUCGAUGAAAGAUCAAAAAAUCUGCCCUCCUUUAACGAAUGUACUAUUCUGUGGAAGUGAACUGUAGGCGGUUCUCUUUAGAACUGUCCUGUUUAAGUUGUCUGUCUGUCUGUUUGCUUGUUUUAAAUCCAUUGUGGAUACGUGUGCGUAUAAUAUAGUCUUCGUCAGUUACCUUAUUAUGUUAUGUUACAAAAAAAUAAAAGUUACUGAUUUUUCAUGUAUAAGGGUAAAGAUAAUUUAAAUUGUAAUUUUCAAUAACUUUUGUAAAUUGUAAUUUUGCUAUUUUUUUUCUAGUUUUCACAAUUUUUGUAAUUUUUGCUUUGUAUGUAAAUAUGAAAUAAAGUGUUGUUAAGAAUAAAUAAAAUAAAAUAAAAUAAAACUUUUGAGAAUACUAUGAACCGAGAUCCACCAUUGUUUAGCGACACCCAGGAUAAGUGAUUUUAUUUGCAACAGCAGUUAACUUUUGGAGGUUCGUUUUGAGGUGUCCGAAAAAUACUGUCAUAUCUAUGGUAGCACUAAAAACUUCAAACUAAACAGUCAUGAAAGAUAAAAUUUAGCAUUGCGUUACUUUGCUGAAGUCAUACGAAGACGGAACAUUCCUGCAGACACGAUUAUUUCCCUCCACGUGUGCCUGUGUCAUACAGAAAGCUAAGUCGUUGACACUCUCUAUGGCCUCCCAAGCCGACAAGCUUGUAUUGCCACCUUCCAUGGUAAAUCCUUCCCAGUCGGGAAGCAUUGCCCGAGUAGCAAUCUUUCUUCCUUUAGCAGGAUCCAUACUUUUCUUCAGAAGUGGCAUUUUGUUACGAGCUGACUGUAACCAGCUGGGUGGACUAAAAAUUGUGUCAUCAUAUUGGUUCCAGACAGCUAAAUAAUAAAAAAAACAAACAAACAAAAUAAUAAUAAUAAUAACAGCCAUUUUGACUCAUCAACCUGGGACAUUCUUGGAUACCAAUUUUUUUAACCUCAGUGUCUACUCUCUGCAAUUGCAUAAAGAGAAAGUCAAACGCGGAAACAGAUCACUGUCUAAACGGUUAUUGAUCCAGUUAUGA